CGAUCGCCAUUUUCCCCAUCUCAGAACAGCGAACGAGCAGAUAUUGUUGGACACCGCGCUAUUUGCCGAAAUGGCAGUGUGAAAUUGUGCAGCGACCCAGCAGCAGCCAACAAAACAGUGCAUCCAGCCAGUGCACUGAGUCACUUCUAAUUCAGCAAAAAUGUCGUCCUACUUGGAAACCCUCAGCACUGCUGCAUUUGACAGCAUAAAAGAGUUCGAAGCUACCCUAGCAUUGUCGCGCUCCCCAGUUGUGACCAACAACAGCCACUAUGACCAUGAUGAUGAGCAGCUCACAGUUUGGCCUGGAAGACAUGGAGGCCCUUCUCUGGGGGCCUUCCUCUCCCAUGGCUGACGCCAUGGACUCCCUGUUUUUUCACCCUGAUAAAGAAGAACCACAGGAAGGAGGAGGAAUCUCACUGGAGGGGGACACUGAACCUGCAUCCCCCCUCACCUCCUCAUCGCUGUCAUCUUCCUCCUCUCCUCCACCCUUCUACUCUCCUCCUCCCUCUCCGCCGGCCCACCUCCUCCAUGGGGACAAAACCGGAAUAGAGUCUGAUCUGCUCUCCUUCCCUUUGUUGGGCCAUCCUGGUCAGCUGAGAUGCAGUCAGGUGCUCUCAGGUGACACCAGAGAGGAUGCGCUUAGUGACCUGGACUGGAUGGCUGAGAAGGUGGAUCUUAGUGACCUCGACCUGGACUCACUGAUUGGCUCCUGCAGUCCUGCUGAAGAGUCUCCCAGCUCUCCAGAAGACCUCCUGGCCUCCUUUGAUUGCCCCAUGGAUAUUGACUCCCUCCCACUGCCAGCUCUCUCAACUCCUGUGCUCUUGAGUCCUCCCCCUGCCUCUCCUUCAAGUAUUCCUCCCCCUGCCUCUCCUUCAAGUAUUCCUCCCCCUGCCUCCCCUUCAAGUAUUCCUCCACCUGCCUCCCCUUCAAGUAUUCCUCCCCCUGCACCUUCAGCUGUCUGUCCAGAUCCUUCUGUCAUUAUUUUGGAUGAGCCUGAAUCCUACAUAGAUGGCCAGGAUGUUCCUUCCCCUCCACCAUGUGUCCCAGAGCCUCAAGAGGAGUUGGAAAUCAAAUCGGAGCCUGCUUCCCCAGACCCUGCUUCCCCAGUGGUAGAUUCUCCCUCCUCCCCGGCAUAUACCCUGGACCUGGGCAGUGAAGUGGAUGUCUCAGAGAGCGAGGUGAAGCCCGUGGUCGCCACUGUGGUCCCUCAGGUCCCAAAGCUUGUACUCUCCCUGUCACCGACUCGCAUCGUUCUCGUGCUUGCUCCAAAAAAUGAAGUUGGGAUCGCCACAUCCACCGCGCCAAAGGUCAUUCGUUGUUCCCCACCAGGCUCCCCACCAAAGACUCCCUCCAGAAGCAGACCAUACCCUGAACCAAAUUACAAAGCUAGUCCACCCUCUCCCAGUACCACCACCAUUGUUAAAGUCAAAUCCACCCGGGGUGCAGGUGGAGCUGAACGUUCAGCUUUGAAGCCUCCAAAGGACAAGAAGCAGAAGAAGAUGGAGCAGAAUAAAACGGCCGCUACACGCUACAGGCAGAAGAAGAGAGCAGAGAAGGAUGCCCUUGUUGAAGAACAUGUACUGUUGGAGAGGAAGAACCUAGAACUGACUGAGAAGGCUGAAUCUAUGGCCAGAGAGAUUGCGUAUCUCAAAGAACUGAUGGAGGAAGUCCGAAUGACUAGGCUCAAGAAAGGUCUCAGUGCUGACCCCUAGUGGCGGGACCUAGCAAUGACUGAUAUCACAUGUAAUAGGAAGUGAUUAGAAAAUGGGCUCUGGGUUUUUUGCUUUUCUUUGUUUUUUUUUUUCAUGAAAAUGAGUAUCAGUAUAGUAUAUGUUGUAAAUGGUAAAUGGACUAGUUCUUAUAUAGCGCUUUUCUACUCAGAUAUGAGCACUCAAAGCGCUUACACAACACAUUCACCCCAUGCACACGCAUUCAUACAAGCACUUCCAUGAUUAAUUAA